UGCAUGUGUGCGCGCAAUUCCUCCGUGCAUCCUUCUUUCUCUCGCCGUGUGGUGCCCACCAGUGGGUAAAACGAGAGACUGAGGUGACGGACAAACGGACGUACUUGCGUGUCCGAUAUGUCGGAACACCACCGCGUGGCCGGUGGCUGGGGCACCGCGAGCCCGGGUAACCGAGAGGAUGCCUCUGGCGGUGCCGCCUGGUGGCCUUCGAGCUUGAACGCCGUCUCGACCGAUCAGCAACAACAGCAGCAGCAGCAGCAGCAACAGCAGCAGCAGCAGCAGCAGCAAAAUCUGCAUCAGCAUCUGAUGAAUCAACAGCAGCAGCAGCAACUCGCUCAACAGCAACAGCAGUCGCAACACCAUCCAGAUAUCGUCCGAAGUACUGCCGCCGCAGCGAGCCAACAGCUCUUCUCCUACAAAAUGGCCUCCAGCUUCCAGAAUCCGGCCACCACCGGCACGGCGUCGAGUCCGGUGUCGACGUCCACGCCGGUCGGCGGCGGCGCCGCGUGCAUGAGGGGAGGAUACGAUUAUAGGCUCGGAACGGCGCCUGGUCCUGGACAAGGCGCCGUCGCUGCCGGUGGUGGCGGCGGUGCGGGUACCGGUGGUGGCGGUGGCGCCGGUGCUGCCGGUGUACCCGGCACACCUUCCGCACCGCCCGGCGUACAGUGGUGGUAUCCAGGCGGAGUCAUGGACGCCGCCGCCGCUCAGAACAACCUGCAUCAGCAAUUGCAGGGUCAGCAGCAACAACAGCAGCAGCAGCAGCAACAUCUUUCGCCCAUUACUACGCAAACGUCCACGCCCCCCGUUAUGUCCCCGAUCUCACAUCCGCACGUAGGUCAACUAGAUUUCCGAUUAUUUCUGCAGCACCAAAUACUACCGCAAAAUAAUCUUCAACAAAAUAACGCUCAGAGUCUGCAGCGGGACAAUAUGCCGAGAGGAAAAGAUUCAAAGCCAAGAGGACGGAUGACAGCGUACGCAUUCUUCGUCCAGACAUGUCGCCAAGAGCACAAAAAGAAGCAUCCCGAGGAGAAGAUCGUCUUCCGGGAGUUCUCCAAAAAAUGUGCAAUGAGAUGGAAGACUAUGUCAGACAUAGAAAAGAAGCGUUUCCAUGAAAUGGCAGAAAAAGAUAAGAAGAGAUACGAUGCGGAGAUGCAGAACUAUACACCACCUAAGGGAGAGAAUAAGGGCAGGGGCAAGAAACGCAAACACAUUAAGGAUCUCAAUGCGCCAAAAAGAUCGCUGUCUGCUUUCUUCUGGUUCUGCAACGACGAGCGCGGUAAGGUCAAGAUGCUGAACCCCGAAUACGGCGUAGGCGAUAUAGCUAAGGAAUUAGGCAAGAAAUGGUCGGACGCAGAUCCCGAAACCAAAUCUAAAUACGAGGCUAUGGCGGAGAAGGACAAGGCUCGAUAUGAAAGGGAGAUGACGGCGUACAAAAAGAAAAUGCAAAACGACGGUGCUCCGACGGUGAUGGGAGGAGCGCCGGCGAACCAAAAAAGCGAUAGUGAAGAGGAAGGAUGGAAGGAUGACGACGAAUAGCGGAUGCACGUCGAAAUUUCUUCAUCUAUCACCCCGUGUCCUUCAUCCUGAAAGCAUACCUCACCUACUGUACGUACCAUUGACCUUAGCGUGAGCGUACUUACACCACCAUCACUAGGAGAACAAAGUAACUAACCACCAAGCAACCAAGCCCUCCCAACUACAGUUUCCACAACAAUCAAUCGCUCUCCCAGUUCUCUCCCUGAUUAUUUACGGUAAUGAUAAAGUUAUCCGCGAUGAUUAUGAUAAUUAUUUUAAAAAGGAAACCUAGUAUGUAUGAGUGCUGCUGCGUGAGCGAGAGAGGAUCAUUGUGUGAGUGAACAUUUGUACUUUAACAUAUUGAUAGUAACGAUCAUGUAAAGUGGCUAGUAGGAUAGCGGAUGGAAGAAAAAAAGGAAAAGAAUCAAGAGGAAAAAAAAAGCAAAAAACCGAAAAGAAAGCGGCGAGCGCCCGCACUUUCUCUACUCGAGCGGAAGAGACGCAGGGGCUCAAUCAUUGUUUUGACUUUUUGCUCUAUCGGCGCUAUGUUACAAGCUACAUAGCUACAUAGUUUACUAAUGACGAAGCAUCGCGAUGUGAUGGCUCGUGCGGGACGAGAAUCGGAGAUGGCUGGCUAUUUUACCGAGUUUUUUGAAAAACUAAAAAAAAAAGAAAAAAAAAUACGUUCUCGCUUCCUUCGCGUAUCGGCGUAUACCAGAUAAAUAAUCGAAAUUACGGCAACAUUUCCAGCGAUCUCGUGGGUUUCCCUGUUCCCGGGACGAACGAGUCGCGUCGCGUUGUUGCGAGAUAUAUACUAGUUUCGGGGGUAAUUUUGAUUUCAGUUCAGUUCAUUCGUCGCCAGCGUCGUCGUGAUGCAUACAGACACGUACAUGCAAAUCAUUGUAUAUCCUUGUACAGAGAGCUUCGUUUUUUCUUUCGUAUAUUGUUAGUGGACCGAUCAUGUUGAACGCGCGUACCGGGGCAUGGGACUGCUUAUGUGCGCGCUUUUUUUUGUAAUUGAUUUAACAACCGAGUACAUGUCUCUUGUAAUAGUUGUAAGUGCGUUUAGUAUUAAGUGUAUCUUAACACAGACCUGGAUUCUUUGCGACUCUCUACGUCUUUUUUUUUAAGCAUGCGAUUUACUCUUUUUCUUGACACUACACGGCGGUGUUACGAGCUACGAGCCACCACGUGAUUGAGCCUUAAUUACGUAGCUGAUAAGCGAUUGCUCGAUGCGAUGAAUCGAAUUAAGAGAAUUGUGUGUGUGUGUGUGUGUGAGAGAGAGAGAGAGAGAGAAAGAGAACGAUAGAGAGAGAAAGAGACGGAGUGCGUGUGCAUGUAGCUCGCAGCUUCCAUUCGAUCGUUGCAUAUGAGAUGUCGCUCUUAUACGAGAAGUUGACGUUUUUUAGUGACCAUUAUCACGUUAUACACAUCACGUUGAAGUGACACGAUUCUUUUACAAAAAUACCUUUCAGUUUUUUGCACAGUAUGUUUAUACAUGAAUUCUUUUAUAUAAGUUUCAAAUAGAAAUUUGUCGGAACGUAGAGAGAAAAUUGAGGAAUCCAAUAUACAACUUACUUUUUAAUUUUAAAGUCGUUGUGAUAUUAUUGAUAUUAAUAAUAUUAUACGAUGAUAUUAAUAAUAUUGAUAAUAUUAUUAACACAAUAACAAUAGUUAUAAGACAAUUGUUAUAGAAAAAAUUUAUGUAGUAUCACUUCCAUGUUUAAGAAGAGUCACAUUAACGUGAGAGAAAUGAAUAUUAGCAUAGAAAAAAUUUAACAUAUUCACACAAUAUAAUGAAGGAAAAUCAUGUUUAUAUACAAUUUUAAAUCCUUUUUACGUUUAACUUGCUGAUUUUUGUGGAACGUAUCGAUCGAGAUAAGAUUAUUGAGAUAUUGUAUGUUUAUUGGGAUAUUAUAUAUUUUCAUAUUUUUGAGAAACUCAUGGAAAAUCAUGGAAUCUUUUUUAGUUGAUAUUUAUAUUAUAUAUACAUUUAUAUAUUAUUCACAUUAUACAUUUGUAUCGUACAUGUACUUUUGUUUCCUCGAAAGUAAUCUCUGAAAAAAAUUGUUGAUAAAACCGACAUUUCAUAUGCAAGGGCUAAUAUUAAAUCAAAAUUACUGUCACGGUAUCCCAGCGCCAUGGAGCAGCGGCAUCGUCGAGUCCUAAUACUUGACAAAACGACGACUGUUGUAUAUUUCAUGAAAUUAAAAUACCAUUUUUUUUAUCAUAGAUACAUUCGCGCUGUUUCGGGGCUGCCGGCGGCCUCGUGUAAGCUAUCGCCACUGCAGCCACGAAACUAUUUUCCUUGUAAGACCACGAAGAUGAAUUGUAACGCGAAACGAUAACGCGAUUUCCUGGCACUCAUUUUAAUAGUAGACAUCAAAUUUUUGUUCAUUAAUCCCGAAUUUGAUUUCAGUAAUUAAAGAUAUCAGCAGAGUCGUUUUUUUUACUUUGUUUUCCUUCUGUCGCUUUUAGCGCAUGACAAAAGACAAUGUUUUGUACUUUGUUUUCUCUCCGUUCAACUUUUUCUCUCUUUAUCUUCUACUCUCUCUCUCUCUCUCUCUCUCUCUCUCUUUUCUCUCUCUUUUCUCUCUCUCUGUUUUUUAGUCGAUACUGAAGUGGUCCCUGCCCCUUGCCAUCGCCAUUCUCCCUCUGACAUUCGUUUUUAACUUCAGAAAAUAAAAGUAGUAAAGCAAAAUACGUUCAAAUCUCUCAUCUCGAGACUCACGUGAAUGAUAUAACGAUCGCCAUUUGCUUCGUCGAAUCAUGUUUCUGGGAGCGAAUUAGUAGAAGAUAGCUCCCCGCGAAGAAAGGCGUUUCUCUGUCUUGUACUGCCUCGAAUCAUCUGGUGUACAGCAGGUUGUAUUAUAAUAAAUUAUUGUGGUUUCUUGUAA